AUGAAAUCAGCGGAACCUUUUGACUGGGAGAGGAUCAACUUUGUUUUGGAGUUGCGGGGCGCAACUGUCGAAAACUUUGUGGCGGAGAGUCAAGACAAAUCCCGGAGCGCUCUUGCAAAGAGUUUAGAAGCAGCCUACUUGGCAUGGGAAGAGCAACUCAAGGGGGACCAAGCCAUGUUCGAUGCUGAAGUGAUUCGGUCAGAACGUGAGAGUGCAAAGAGUCGGGCAAAAUUGGUCAAACAACUUGAGGAAUGUCACGACCGAGCCUGGCGCACUGUCCAGGGAUUCAUGGAGAGCAACAUGCAGGUUUUCCACGGCCGCAGCGUGGACGCUGAUUCAACUGUCAUGCCCCAAUUGUUUUCUUGGGUUGAUGCCACAAUUGAUGAGAGUGACGCCAAGGCAGAUCCUGACUCCAAGGACGAGGACACGGUGAAGAAAGACGACGAAGAUGCAGAACAAGAGGCCGAAGAUGCCGAGGUGUGUGACAUUCGAUAUCAGCUUGAGAAAUCCUUGGGGUUGAAAGAGCGUGGGUUACGGGUGCGACCUAUUACAUGGGUUUUUGACACAGCAACCGUGUAUGGGUCCCGUGAUGGCUGUCUACCUGGACUGGCUUGCAUUUCGAAGGACACUGGAAACAUUUUCAGGUCAUCCAAGGCCAUGAAAACCGGUGUGAUUCACGAAGUGCACAUGCUUCCCCGAAACGAAUUCUACAAACCCCCAGCAGCCUCUCCUACCAAGUCGAAUUUGCCACACUUGGGACGCGCGCUCACCGACAUCCAGGAGUGGAAGCAAGUUGCAGCAGGGACGGACAUCGUGAAAAAGUCACUGGCAGCAUUCAAUGUGCCGACGGUGGCCACUACAAUCCUUCUGGAUGGCAUUGCCUACGACGGGUUCCCCGCACUGGCUGCUCUUGAAGAAAUUUGCCAAGGGAAAACUGUGGUCUCUGCAUCGGUGAUGUUGGACAAGCCAGGGCAGGAGCUCGGCACCCGUUUGUCCAACCAGAUCUAUGAAAGUUGCAGGGCAGGGAAGCUGGAGUUGCAAAAUUUCCCAAACUUUGAGCCUACCAUCGCCGCCCUGAAAGCAGGUUCUGCUAGGAGAGAGUGCAAUGAGUACAAGGUUUGCCGGCAACAUGGUACCAAACUAGUUGUCCUUGAGUCUCUGGCUUCGAAGUUUCUCCAAACGGAGACACUUGCCGACCGUGCAAAUGACUUGAUCAAAGCACACAAUGAGAUCUACAAUGCUGAUGGGGAUUACAUGGCCAGUGACAGGACUGAAACUGCAGAGGUCCGAGAACGACCAACAAAGAGGAUCAAAUUGGAACCGGCCGCUGACAGAAUGACCAAGGCUGAUUUGCAGAAACUUGAAGACCCGCACUUUGUCAUCAAACUGUUCACCUUGGAAUUAACAUGUUUGAAAAAGAAUCGAGCAAUCCAGUGA